AUGUCCCGAGCAGCGCGCCGCGAGAGCGGGCCCCAGGCUGCGAAGGGCUCGCAGGCAGUUGAGGACGGCGGUGAGCCACUGCACGCCCGUCUUCAAGCAGCGUUGUGUUUCGAGCCCACCAAGAGUACUGACGAGAAGCCCGCCGUACCAGACAUCUGUCCCGUGUGCAAGUCGUCGCGCUACCUCAACCCCAACAUGCGCUUCCUCAUCAACCCGGAGUGCUACCACCAGAUGUGCGAGUCGUGCGUCGACCGCAUCUACUCCCACGGCCCCGCCCCCUGCAGGAUCGUCGGCUGCGGCAAGACCCUGCGCAAGAACCGCUUCCGGAAGAAGACGUUCGAGGACAUCCAGGUCGAGCGCGAGGUCGACAUCAGGCGGCGGGUCGCAGCUGUCUUCAAUCGCCGCGAAGACGAGUUCGAGACGCUACAAGAUUACAACGACUACCUCAACGACGUCGAGGACGUCACCUACGACCUCGUCCAUCGCAUAAACGUCGAACAGGCCGAGGCCAAGCUUAGAAAGUAUGCCGAGGCGAACCAAGCCUCCAUCAAGGAGAACGAGGUCCUCUCCAUGCAGGAAGCCUCGGCGUGGGAAGCACAACAGGCCGCGGAGAAGGAGCAGGCCAAGCUGCGCCGGGAGGCCGCUCUGCGUGAGAACCAGGAGCUGCAACGCGAACGUCUGGAGGGCCGCAGGGACGUCAUCAACCAGCUCGCCAGCGGCCAGGGCGACGCCUCGAAGAUCGCCCAGGUCCAUCUCAAGCGUGCUGGUCAAACCCGCAUCCAGCCCUCCGGUCCGCGCGUUCCCGCCGGCGCGGCCGCACCUACGCCGUCUAACGGUGCUCCUGGCGGCGGCGGCUUGGACGGCGGGUUCCAGAUCAAAGGUCUCAAGAAGAAGGUCAUCCAGGUGGAGAAGCCCUUCGAUGCCUUUGGUGGAGAUACCGAGACGCGCGAGUACGCCAUCAUUCAGGACCGCUACGACUGGAACUGGUUGGAUGACUACUACUCGAAGCCUGUCUACGCGGCAGGUGGUUGCGACAUCCAGGAGUACUACUCACACGCACUGUGUGAUGCAUUCUCCGGCUUCGGCAUCUUUGUGCAAGACGAGAUCACAAGUAAGGACGUCACGGACGCCCCGCCGCUUGCUACGCAUGCUGCGGCUGCGGGGGCCCAGGGCGAUGUGGUCAUGGACGAUGUCUUCUGA